AUGACAGAAAUUUCGCUAAAAGAAUUGAAGGAUCUCGCCGAUGAUAACGAGAUCGACCUGUCGGCUCGAGGCCUCACUGCUGUACCUAAAGCAUUGCCACAGGUCCCACGACUGACUCAUGUCGAUCUAGGAUCUAACAAAAUUACAGUUUUACCGCCGUCUUUGUGCACAAUGACUCGCCUUGUGAGGCUGGAGUUGGGCAGCAAUCAGCUGGAUCACCUUCCCGACAAUAUUGGAGCCCUUGUACAUUUAGAACAUCUGGAUCUUUACAAUAAUCAAAUCGAGGUUUGUAGUUGGAAGAAGUUAGUAAAGUAG